GAGGCGUCGUGUCGUUUUCAAAACGAAUACAAUAUUAAGGGUUUCUAUUCUGUAAAGUAUAAAACCGCCUUUGAGUAUAAAUACCAACUAGUUAGGCACCGGUAGUUUGAUGUUACAUAUCGUGUUAUCUGUUGGGCUCUUUUGAGGUAUUUUUGUUGGGGGUAAAGUUGUGUUAUGUCCAAACCAACGAAAUGGCACUUAAAGACAACGAGCCACGACAUCUUCCGAUCUAUCGGCACAAAAGCAAACUGAUUCAGGCUGUCAGAGACAGCACUUUCCUGGUUGUCACUGGCGAGACUGGAAGCGGGAAAACGACACAACUUCCACAGUACCUGCAUGAAGCAGGUUUUUCUAAAGAUGGUAAAAUUGGUAUCACCCAGCCUCGCCGGGUGGCUGCCAUCACGGUGGCUCAGAGGGUCGCGCAGGAGAUGCAAUGCACUCUGGGAAAGGAGGUUGGAUACCAAGUACGCUUUGAUGACUGCACAACGCAAGACACAGUGGUAAAGUACAUGACAGAUGGCUGUUUGCUCCGGGAGGUCUUGGCAGAUCCUGCACUUUCUCAGUACAGUGUUGUGAUACUAGAUGAAGUUCAUGAACGCAGCCUCAACACUGACAUCCUUCUGGGUUUGCUGAAGAAAAUCUUCUGCAACCCUUCCAAGGCAAUUAAGGGACGAUCAUUCCCUUUGAAAGUGGUGGUGAUGUCCGCUACCUUGGAAACUGAUAAACUGAAAGCCUUCCUCUGUAACUGUCCCGUCUUUGCAAUUCCGGGGAGGGUGUUUCCUGUAACCUGCACGUUUGGCUCAGCUGUAGGACCAAAAGAUGUAGAAAGCACUGGUUACAUAAAAGAGGUGGUGAAAGUAGCCUUGGAUGUCCACACUAGUGAAAUGGCUGGAGAUAUUCUGGUAUUUUUAACAGGUCAGUCAGAAAUUGAGCGUGCCUGCGACUUUUUGUUUGAAAAAGCUGAGUGUAUAGACUAUCGCUAUGAUGUGCAGGACCAAACAGUGGAGGGUCUUCUCAUUUUGCCUCUUUAUGGAUCCAUGCCAACUGAUCAACAGAGGCAGAUCUUUCAGCCACCACCUCCAGGAAUAAGGAAGUGUGUUGUGGCCACAAACAUUGCAGCAACAUCUCUCACCAUUGAUGGAAUAAAGUACAUUGUAGACAGCGGCUUUGUAAAGCAGCUUAACCAUAAUUCAAGGGUGGGCAUGGAUGUGUUGGAGGUUGUGCCAAUUUCAAAGAGCGAGGCCCAGCAGAGAGCAGGCCGAGCUGGAAGAACUUCUGCUGGGAAAUGCUUUCGAAUCUAUACCAAAGAGUUCUGGGAGAAAUGCAUGCCUGAAUAUACAGUUCCAGAGAUUCAGAGAACAAGUCUGACUGCAGUGAUACUCACACUCAAGUGCCUCGGUGUUCAUGAUGUGAUUCGGUUUCCUUAUCUGGACUGUCCGGAGGAGAGGUUUAUUCUUGAAGCACUAAAACAGCUCUACCAAUUUGAUGCCAUUGAUAGAAGAGGCAGUGUGACCAAGCUUGGGGAGCUGAUGGUGGAGUUCCCCCUGCACCCUGGCCUCACCAGAGCUUUGCUCAAAGCUGCUUCGUUUGGUUGCCAAGACCUGCUGCUCCCUGUUGCUGCAAUGCUGUCUGUGGAAAACAUCUUUAUCAGGCCAGGUCAGCCUGAGAAUCAGAAAGAGGCAGAUAAGAAACACAAAGCACUGGCUGCAAAGACUGGUGGUAUGAACGACUUUGCCACACUUCUCAAUGUGUUUCAGUCGUGCAAAAGCAGUGACAGACCUUCAGCGUGGUGUAAAGAGAACUGGAUCCACUGGAGGGCGCUGAAGUCAGCCUUUAGUGUGGAGACUCAGCUGCGAGAGAUUCUCCUCCGCCUCCAGCAGAGGAGAGAUUUUCCGAUAGAAACGUAUGAUGGUAAUAAAAACGAGCUCUUCAGACGGUGCCUUUGCUCAGGAUACUUUUCCAAUGUUGCCAGAAGGUCAGUUGGAAAAGUGUUUUGCACAAUGGAUGGCCAUGGAUCUAUGGUUCACAUUCAUCCAUCAUCAUCACUGUUUGACCAGGAGGCAGAGCUGAAUUGGAUCAUCUUCCAUGACGUACUGGUGACCUCACGGGUGUAUGUACGAACCGUAUGCCCUAUUCGAUAUGAGUGGGUGAAGGAUUUAUUACCUAAACUCCACGAAGUGGACGCCUAUGAACUCAGCAGUGUGGCGAGAGAAGAAGUCACAGAUGAGGAGCUGAGGAAAUGGGAAGAAAGAGAAGCUGCCAAAAGAGAACAAGAGGUUUCUACUGAAGAUGUCAUGAAGAAGCUGGAAAAGCGAAACAAUGAAACCACAAUCAGUGAUGCUCGGACACGCUACCUGCAACGAAAGCAACAAAAACAAAGUAAAGCUCCUUGACAGGACUUGGCUAUUAAAGAUACGUUUUAUACCCUGUAUACAGAAUUUUGGAAAUUGCAUCUGAAUAAUAAAGAACAUUUAUUAUAUUGA